GAGAGAAGACAGACACUGUGCUCUGCAAAGACGUUAGCACCCGCAAAAACCAAUCAAGAUGGUCGUCGGACGAUUAGCCCAUUACGCCUUUGACGCCGUCCUCAUCUCCACCAUAUUGGCCGGAGUAAGACGAACGAGCGGCUUGACCCCUAGUUUCGAACCGAAUACAGUCACUGGCGACAACAAGCAGGCCAACAAAUGGAUUGAGAUGUAUCUGGGAACCGGCGAAUGGGUGAUGGAUACGUCAAUCGCCGUGGCGGGACAGAGCGGCUGGUUCAAACGAACUAGGUAGGACGGAGUUUAGGGUGAGCUCGAGAGGAAGCCUGGGGCAGUCGCAACAAGACGUCCCUGAUGAUGAUUUUGGACAGAAGGAAAAUAUGAAGAAGAUUAAGGUGCAGAUUGACUUUUGGCCACUGAAAUGAGCAGCCUCGGGGGAAGCCGGAAUCGCAACCGAGUAGUAUGCAUUGUACGGCCGAAUCGGCGUUGGACUGGGAACUGGUUUAAACCAUGGUGUUUUUUCGUGGCUGUUUGAACUACUCGCCAGAUGAAUGACUUGAACUCUCUACUUAUUUCAGCGGGAGGAGAAUGAAAUACACA